AUGUUUUUGAGCUCUUCAAGUCACAUACUAACAGCUCUUUAUGAGCUUGGUUUCUCAUUGGAUACGAUUGCAUGGUUCCUUUCAUAUCUAUCAAACCGGUCUCAGUCCAUUCUUGAUGACCAUGGAACACCGAUUCAGCUUCUUACAACAUCAUCAGGGCCGUCCCAGGGUUCAGUCCUUGGUCCGAUUUUGUUCUUAAUUGUAAUAAAUUCAGUGGUAAGGUGGCUAAUUUACUGCAAGCAUGGGCUAUUUGCAGAUGAUACUUACAUCUAUCAACAUUUCUUUAUUCACCAGUUUGAGGAAGCUGUUAGACAAGUAAAUCUAGAUGCUCAAUCGAUCGCAAAUUCGGCGAAUGCCCAUGGAUUGGAGUUAAAUUUGUCGAAAACGAAGGCAAUGAUCCUUGGCUCAAAUGGUAGGUUAAGACAAUUGCAAGAAUUUGAUUCAAAAAAAAUUUGCAUUGUCAUACUAUACAUAGACUCUGUUAAGUGCCUAGGAGUCUACAUAGAUAGAAGCUUGUCUUGGAAUACUCAUGUCUCUCAAGUUGUUCGCAAAGUAAACUCAGCUCUACAUUGUCUGAAAGUGCGUAAAAAUAUCUUCACAAAGGAACUUAGAAAGAUAUUAGUCACUGCUACUAUUCUACCACUUUUGGAUUAUUGUUCUGCAGUCCUAGUGGAUGCGACAGCUGAGAAAGACAGGAAGCUGCAACAUGCAUUAAAUGCUUCAAUACGUUUUAUAUUUGAUCUCAGACGAGAUGUACAUAUCAGUCCGUAUCGUAAAGACCUGAGCUGGUUAUCAGUCAAAUACCGUAGAAUGUACUUCAUGACCUGCCUCUUGUAUAAGUUGCUUAGUGUUGGCAAGCCAAACUAUCUACGGAACUUGUUUGUUAAAGAAGCAGAUAUAAGACGCUCGGAUAGGUUAGCAGCGAAAAAACACACUUCUUUUGAAUUACCACGCUUUACGAAGACUUAUCUGGAACACUCGUUUUUGGUGAUUGUGAUAAGAGUAUGGGAAGAAUUACCUAGUGAUAUUGUUAACUCAGAUAGUCUUGAAGUAUUUAGAAACAAAGUUUUUGAUUAUUUUCUAGAGUUAGACUUUUAA